UCCAGCGCCGUCAGGAAACAGAUCGAGAAUUUUGUUCCUCUUGUUCCUUAUCGCGCAAGAAGAUUUUCUUGGACGCGAUUUUGAACGGUGGACACGCUGGACGCGGAGCAGGAUCCACGCAGGAGGCACGAACCGGACACCGUAUACUUCAUUUGCGGCUUUAACACGAUGGAGCCAGCCUUCGGUGAGGUGAACCAACUCGGUGGUGUUUUCGUGAACGGCAGGCCGCUCCCCAACGCCAUCCGGCUCAGGAUAGUGGAGCUGGCCCAGCUCGGGAUCCGACCCUGUGACAUCAGCAGGCAGCUACGCGUCUCCCACGGCUGCGUCAGCAAGAUCCUGGCCCGCUACAACGAGACCGGCUCCAUCCUCCCGGGGGCCAUCGGAGGCAGCAAGCCGCGGGUCACCACACCCACCGUGGUCAAGCACAUACGGACAUACAAGCAGAGAGACCCGGGGAUUUUUGCCUGGGAGAUCCGGGACAGGCUACUCGCCGACGGGGUUUGCGACAAGUUCAAUCUGCCCUCCGUCAGCUCCAUCAGUCGGAUCCUCCGCAACAAGAUCGGGAAUCUGUCCCAGCAGAGUCAGUAUGAGUCGGGCAAGCAGGCGCCUCACCCACCACCACAACCAACGUUACCCUACAACCACUUAUACUCAUACCCGACAUCCAAAGUGCCCACUCCCCCUGGCAUGCCCACCCUUCCCGGACACAUGGCCAUGCACAGGAUAUGGCCUUCCUCGCACUCUGUAACAGAUAUUCUGGGGAUACGGUCAAUUACAGAGCAACAAAUUAGUGACAGUCCAUCGUUUUCCAGCGCCAAACUAGAAGAAUGGAGCGCUAUUAACAGGACUAAUUUCCCACCAGCAAGCUCUCCACUAGUCAGUGGCGUGGAUAAACCGCAUUUAGAACCUGAAGCAAAAUACACACAGACGCCGAAUGGAUUGCCCACAGUGAACAGCUAUGUCACAGCACCCAGCAUCCCUCCCUACCACCCUCCCACCCAAGUGUCACCUUACAUGGGGUACAGCGCCACCACCUCGGCCUAUGUGACCGGACCCACAUGGCAGCCGGCCAGUGGCAGUGCUCUAUCUCCCCACAGCUGUGACAUUGCCACCCCUCUAGCCUUCAAGAGUAUGACAGCCAACCGUGACACCAUCCACCCAGUCGCUGCCUCGGUGCUGUGAAGUCAGCUCACAAAGACUGAUGGGAGAAAGGAGGGGGAGGGAGUGAGACAUCAGGACAGGAGACACAAAGUCUGUCCCCUAUGGUUUCAUUUCAUUCCCACUGCCUCCUUUCUAUAAAGGACUCGGCCCCAGGACCCAUAUUUGUGCCAUUCUAUA